GCCUGGCGGGACCACGUGACCCGCGCGGCCCGGGUCGCGAUCAGGGCGCCACCGCUGGACUGAGUAGGAGCGCGGAGACCCGAGCGAGCGAGCGGACGCUGCCUUGGUGCCCGACCCGCGCGCUCACCAUGGCGAUGCAUUUCGUCUUCUCAGAUAAGGUCAUGCUUCUGUUUGAUUUCUGGAGUGUUCACAGUCCUACAGGCAUGGCACUCUCGGUGUUGGUGGUCCUGCUCUUGGCUAUAUUGUACGAAGGCAUCAAGGUUGGCAAAGCCAAGCUCCUCUACCAUACUCUGGCAAAGCUGCACACGCCUGCAAGCCAGGACCUCAUCUUGGCAAGAGAGCAGGAUUCUGCAGACUCAGACUCACUGUCACUCAGCAGAACAUCCUUCAGGUGGUUUCUGUGUCAUCUUGGCCAGUCUUUAGUCCAUGUCAUCCAGGUAGUCAUCGGCUACUUCAUAAUGCUGGCUGUAAUGUCCUACAAUGCCUGGAUUUUUCUUGGUGUGGUCCUGGGCUCAGCUGUGGGCUACUACCUAGUAUACCCACUUCUCGGCAAGGUUUAACUGGCAGAGGACGAGCAGGCCCUGAGAGCUGGCGGGAGCCAGAGCCCUUUCUUCCCGACAUUAAUCUUGCAGCAACUUUAAACAGAAAGCCAGCACUCACUCCCUGUUAGGGCACUGCAGCUGCUCCCUCCUCAGCCAGCCUGAGCAGGCCUAGCUUAGUGUGGCACUGUAAGGGGGCUGUUGUGACCAGGGGACAGAUGGAGGAGCUAUAGCCUGUGGCGGACAAUGCAGCACUAUGACUCAAACUUACAAAUUUCCAAAGAUCUUCAGGGGAGGGAGAUGGACCCUGGGUGACAUGAUGGUCAUGGAACCCAGACACCCUGCCUCCUGCUCUGUGCCUUAUCUACAGGAGCAUCUUCCACUGAGCUGCCUUUAGAGGGCAGAGACCACGCUAGCUCCUUUUCUCACCUUUUUGCCUUCGAACACAUGAAGAUUGUUUCUUCAAUGAAUCAUGUGGAUCAAGAUUUCAUUUUCCCGCUGGACUUCUGGUUGGCAAUUUUGCACGUUCGUACAAAACAAAAAUUAUAAUGAAAUGAUUGUAUUGUAUAUAUGAUGGAUGGCAGCAUUUGCUGAGCCUGUCUCCCUUUCUCGAGGGAACAAUAAGCACUAACUGAUUAAAGGCAGACUCGGGAGUUAGCAAGGCUCUGGCUUGUCGCCUGGAUAGAAUGAAGUCCUGCCAUCAGAUGGCACUGCCUGCAAGGGGAGGUCAGUCUUGUAGACAUUGUGUCUGGGUGAGAACCCCCCACCCUCAUCCAGAUACUCUUCCGUGCAGAACAGAGAACUGCAUUCAACACUGUUCAGUGCUUAAUGCUCUUUAUUUAUUACUGCUUGCUUGGGGAGACAUGAUUCAGUCACUUAUUAAGCCAUGGUGGUGAUGGUGAUGGGGAGGGGGGUUGACUGAGGAUGCAGGAAGCAGUGAGACCAAAGGUGGUGCCCUGUUAGAAUUAGAUGGACUCUGGAUGCUUGAACUUCUUCACUUUACUGAAAAAGACCCAGGGAGAGAAAACCACUGCUGUAAACUGUAAUAUCUAUGCUUAAGUACCUCAUGAGCUAGAUGAAAAGAUGCUCUUAAGCUUUGAGAGUUAAAACAAAUACAUUUUAAUAAAUAUAUAUUUUUGAACAGUCUGUAA